GUCACGUGGUGUAAAUAUUUCCUCGAAACGUUUCCUGUAAUAAUCCCGGUCUGUGAAACAAAGAUUGUUGGGUACUAACAGUAGUAAAUUUCGUUUUACUACUUCAGUGAUACAGUUUGAGAUUGUGUAUGCAAAUUAAAUUGAUUAAAUUUUAUUCGUUUUUUGUACGAUUUUAAUCAGUGGUCUUAUUUUAAAAUAGUCAAUAGCGCGAAAACUUGUAAGGACAUGUCAGCAAACUCCAAGAAGUCGAAAAGCGUGUUAUAAAACUAGUAUUUUACAUACAUCAGCCCUACUUGUUUGUCUGCAGUUUGUGCUGCUUAUUUCACCCAAUUUCAUCUUCCACUUGACAAUGCUUGAUAAUGGGAUACAAAACCGAUGUAAGGAGUUGCUAUGGCAACUCAAAUGCAAACAGACCGAGUUGAAUGGACUGGUUCUUCCUGGUGCUGCUCCUCCUUGUGACAAUGUGUACAACACGACACACAAUGGACUGAAACCAGUUUACUCGAGACACAAACUUGACAGGUCACUGAGGCUUGUUGCCGGAGACGACGUGCCUACUGCCAGUCAGAGAGACAGAGAGGGCACCAGUCUACGGAUUUACGAUUCCGCUCCAAAGCCAAAAUCAGUUACCAUACAGUCAGACUUUGAUGAUGGCUAUGAGAAUGAUGAAACUACAAAAUGUAAACGUUUAUUUGUGAAAAGAGACUCAAGUUUAGACCGGACUGAAACCAGUAAUUUAAGUGACAUACAUUCUCAUAGUUACACAACUGAUGACAAUCGGAGUAAAGACCGGUUUGCCUGUGAUCAGAGUAAAGACCGGUCAGUUUCUUUUUCUCUCACGCCCAGAACUAGAAGUAGACGGAAACUCAUUGACCGCAAUGUCAAAGUCGGAUCAGGAUUGACUGACCUGGAAAUCUCUGAUAGUUAUGAUCCAUCAAGUCGUCUUAAUUUUAGCUACUCUCACGAGGAUGAAGCGGAUUUCUCUCUCAGAUAUUCGUACGACCGGGCGAGUACAUUGGAACAACAAGCGGAUCUCAAAGUUGUCGGGAGGAAUCAUACAACAGAAAAAACAGAUCUUAAAGUGGUUGGGAGGAAUUGUCAGGACGUAGAACAAACCACGUUGGAACACCAGCAGAUCAAGGCUCAUCGGAACCUGGUCGGUACUGUGCGCGAGGCCGGCGACACAAUUUCAGGAAAACAGAAAAAAGCCGCUGAGCCGCCACAGAGUGGCAUGAACUCUGAGUCGCUGUCUGGCGUGGACGCAGACGUGUAUUGUAGAAACCUGCGAGACGACGGAAACAACAAGAGACUCGCGUCACUGCUCAAAGAUUCCAUUAAGUCGUACAACUUGUCGAGUUCAUCACAGUUUAACUUGACUAACAACGCCAGGCCGUCGCUAAGCCGACAGGAGCAGAGGCUGCUGGGAUAUGAUUGGAUUGCAGCGCUGCUUGACAAUGACUCUAAUUUGAUUGACGAAACCGAGUCGUUCUUUCAGGACAUCAAAAACUUCCGCCGUGUCAACAAAGAUCAGUGUUCCAACCAAUUCUACAUGGAAGGACCACUGUCAUUGGCUAUUGAUUUGAAGCCUUCACCAGUUGUCACGGCGAUAUCAGAGUCCAAAGUAAAACCGUACAUCGUGAAUGACCGAUUGUUUACGACUCCACUAAAGAGAUGUCUCCUUGACGAUCUAGGGGCCGCAAAUGAUGAGGAUGAGAAGAAGAACGAACGGCAGAAGGAGCCGUGUUACGAGGAGCCGAGAUUUGUCAGAGUGAGUAUUCCACGUUCUACUCUGGAGACUCCGACACGCAUCCAGCCUCAUCGACGCAGCAGUUUUGACUCGACAGACUCAUGUGCACUCUCUCAGCACUGUCUGCUCGGGUGGGAGAACUCUCGACCCGCCAUGAUGCCGGCUGCCACGACCGUUGGCCUGAGUGAUGCGACCGGUGAACUCAAGUCACGACUCACCACGACUCUAGCUGAAGCAGAGAGGUUGGCAUCGACCUACUCGUGGCCGGUGACCCAGCCAACCACUCACAGGCCCGACCAGUUUCCCACGUGGAGGAAACAGUAUCACGACACUGUCAUGAACAUGACCGCCCCGGCCUUGAAGAAUGUAACGUGCACGUCCCACAGCCGACCCGACCGAGAGACGGUGAGGAGAAACACGGACGAGUUGCUCAACUCAACGUACUCACUCAUGUAUGAGAUGGAGCGACUGAAGAAAGAACGAGAACUCAGUGGACAGACGAAAACAGUGAAAUAAAGUUUGAAAUAGCAACGAAAACAGUGAAAUAGUGUUUGAAAUAUCAACGAAAAUAGGGAAAUGGUGUUUGAAAUAUCAACAAAAACUGUGAAAUAGUGUGUAAUAUUAACGAAGACAGUGACAUAGUUUUUGAAAUAUAAACACUGGUUCAGUAAAAACAGUGAAAUAGUGUUUGAAAUAUCAACGAAAACAGUGAAAUAGUGUGUAAUAUUAACGAAAACAGUGAAAUAGUGUUUGAAAUAUAAACACUGGUUCAGUAAUAUCAACACUGGUUCAGAAAUAUCAACACUGGUUUUCAGUAAUGUCAUUAAAAACAGUGUUAGUUUGAAAUAUCAACACUGGUUUUCAGUAAUGUCAUUAAAAACAGUGUUAGUUUGAAAUAUCAAUCUUGGUGUUUAGUAAUUUAACAACAAAAACUGAAAUAUUGACACUGGUUUUCAGUAAAUUCUAUAAAAACUGAAACUUUGAAAUAUCAAUAAAACCAGUGAAAUGGUGUUAGAAAUAUCAAUACAAGUUUUUAGUAAUAACAAAAAUAGUUUCAGAAAUAUCAACACUUUUAGUAAUAUCAAUAAUAAUGGUGAAAUAUGUGUAGAGUUUGAAAUAGUUUUAUAAUAUCAAACAAAGUGUUUGAAAUAUCAGCAUAGGUUUUUAUAAUAUCAACAAAAACUGAGAAAUAGUGUGAAAUAUCAAGAUUGGUUUUAUAUCAACAAAGACAGAGAAAGUGUUUUAAAUAUCAACACAGGAUUUUAUAUCAACAAGCACUGAGAAAUAGUGUUUGAAAUAUCAAAUUAGGUAAUAUAAACUGAAAUAUAUGUAGUGUUUGAAAUAUCAACACAGGUGUUGUGUAUGGUAAUGUCAAACCGUGUUUGAAAUAUCAACACAUUUUUGACAAAGUGAUGGACACAAUCUCAGUUAGGCUACAUCAAUAUCACAAAGUGUACAAUGAAUUUUAUUUCAAUUUAUUUUUGUGCCGAUAUCCAAUGAAGGUUCAAGCACGCUGUCCUGGGCACACACCACAGCUAUCUGGGCUGUCUGUCCAGAACAGUGGGUUAGUUGUUAGUGGUGAGA